GCCCGCGCCCUGCGCGCGGCCCUACAGCGCGCGGCACAGGGAAAAAAUAGAUAUUUCUACAUAUUCUGCUGAAAGUAUUAGAAACUUCAGUAUUAUAGCUCAUGUAGACCAUGGCAAAAGUACCCUAGCAGACAGACUGUUGGAAAUUACGGGAACAAUUGCUAAAACUGACCGUAAUAAACAAGUGCUGGACAAGCUGCAAGUGGAACGUGAAAGAGGGAUUACAGUUAAAGCACAAACUGCAUCUCUCUUUUAUAGUCAUGAAGGAGUAAACUACCUCUUAAAUCUCAUUGACACACCAGGCCAUGUAGAUUUCAGCUAUGAAGUGUCACGGUCGCUAUCUGCCUGUCAAGGUGUCAUACUCGUAGUGGAUGCAAAUGAGGCUCAAACAGUGGCAAACUUCUAUCUUGCUUUUGAAGCACAGCUUGCAAUAAUUCCUGUCAUAAACAAGAUUGACUUGAAGAAUGCAGAUCCUGAAAGAGUUGAAAAACAAAUUGAGAAGCUGUUUGAUAUCCCUGUAGAUGAAUGCAUAAGGAUUUCUGCAAAACAAGGAACAAAYGUUGAAAGAGUUCUACAAAAAGUCAUUGAAAAGAUCCCACCACCCCAAUGUAAUACUACUGAUCCGUUGAAGGCGUUAGUGUUUGACUCUACCUUUGAUCACUACCGAGGUGUCAUAGCUAAUAUAGCACUUUUUGGUGGGGAGAUUCAGAAAGGGCACAGUAUUGUGUCUGCUCACACAAAGAAAAGGUAUGAAGUUAAUGAAGUAGGAAUACUGACUCCAGAUGAACAGCCCACACAUAAACUAUAUGCUGGACAGGUGGGCUACCUGAUUGCUGGAAUGAAAGAGGUAACGGAAGCCCAAAUAGGAGACACACUGUUUAUGCAUAAACAGCCAGUGGAGCCUUUGCCUGGCUUUAAGUCAGCGAAACCAAUGGUCUUUGCAGGAAUGUAUCCUGUAGACCAAUCAGAAUAUAAUAAUCUCAAAAGUGCUUUGGAAAGACUGACACUGAAUGAUUCCAGUGUAAGUGUUCAUCGUGAGAGCAGCCUUGCUUUAGGAGCUGGGUGGAGGUUGGGUUUUCUUGGUCUUUUACACAUGGAAGUUUUUAAUCAACGUUUGGAGCAAGAAUAUAAUAUGUCCGUUAUCUUGACUGCACCUACUGUUCCAUAUAAAGCUAUUCUUUCAUCCGCAAAGUUGAUAAAGGAGUAUGGUAGAGAGGAGAUUACUAUUGUCAGCCCUGCUCAGUUUCCUGAUAAGCUGUCAGUAUCUGAAUAUUUGGAGCCAACAGUUCUCGGCACUAUYGUAACACCUCAAAUAUAUAUUGGGAAAAUAAUUGCUCUGUGUCAGGGUCGCAGGGCAGUCCAGAAGGAUAUAGUGUACAUUGAUGAAAACAGGGUUAUGCUGAAAUACCUCUUUCCAUUGAAUGAAAUAGUGUUGGAUUUUUAUGAUGCUCUUAAAUCUCUGUCUUCUGGUUAUGCAAGUUUUGAUUAUGAGGAUGCAGGAUACCAGGCAACAGACCUUAUCAAAAUGGACAUUCUCAUAAAUGGAAAUSCAGUUGAAGAACUGGCUACUAUUAUACACAAGGAGAAGGCAUAUGCCACUGGGAAGUUCAUUUGUGAACGUUUAAAAGAUGCUAUACCUAGACAGUUGUUUGAAAUAGCCAUCCAGGCUGCUAUUGGCAAGAAAAUCAUUGCAAGAGAAACGCUGAAAGCUUACAGAAAAAAUGUUGUGGCAAAAUGCUAUGGUGGAGACAUUACAAGAAAAAUGAAGCUUUUAAAGAGGCAGGCAGAGGGAAAGAAGCUGAUGAGAAAACUUGGCAAUGUGGAAGUACCAAAAGAUGCCUUUAUACGUGUUUUAAAAAGGCAGCCUGACAAAUAGAUCAGCAACAUGCAGUUGACUGUUUUCUCAGUUUGCUUGGCAGUACCACAGUGAGUUAAUAUCUUUUAUCUCUGGGAGAGGGAACAAGUGUGACUUUAAAGGGGUGCAAAUUAAACAAAAUGGCUAAAAUGUACAGCUCUUUGUAAAUCAUGAAAUUAAAG